AUGGCUUUCCUGGACAAUGGGAACCACACUGCAGUGACAGAGUUCAUUUUACUUGGAUUAACUGAUGACCCAUUCCUUAGAAUUGUCCUCUUCAGCAUCAUCCUGUGCAUCUACCUGGUGACUGUGUUUGGAAACCUCAGCACCAUCCUUCUCAUUAGAGUCUCUUCCCAGCUCCAUCACCCCAUGUACUUUUUUCUCAGCCACUUAGCUACUGUUGACCUAGGCAUUUCAUCUUCUGUCACUCCCAGUAUGCUUGUCAACUUCUUGGCGGAGAGAAGCACAAUCUCCUACCUUGGAUGUGGCAUUCAGCUCAGCUCAGCUGCUCUCUUUGGGACACUUGAAUGCUUCCUUCUGGCUGUCAUGGCUUAUGAUCGCUUCAUGGCAAUCUGCAACCCACUGCUUUAUUCUACCAAAUUGUCCACACGAUUCUGUAUCCAGUUGGUUGUGGGAUCUUAUAUAGGUGCAUUUCUUAAUGAUUCCUGCUACAUCCUUUCCUUUGCUUUUUUUCUCUUCUGUGGACCAAAUAAAGUUGAUCACUUUUUCUGUGAUUUAUCUCCUAUGAUGGAACUCUCCUGUUCUGAUGCGAGUGUCUCUGGAGUUGUUAUCUCAUUUACUGCUGGCUCAAUCACUAUGACCACAUUGAUUGUUAUAGUCAUAUCUUAUUUCUAUAUCCUCAUCACCAUCCUAAAGAUGCGCUCCACUGAGGGUCGCCAAAAAGCCUUCUCCACCUGCACCUCCCACCUCACUGCAGUCACUCUCUACUAUGGAACUAUCAUAUUCAUUUAUGUGAUGCCAAAGUCCACCUACUCCAGGGACCAGAACAAGGUAGUGUCUCUGUUCUACAUGGUGGUGAUCCCAAUGUUGAAUCCCCUCAUCUACAGCCUCAGGAAUAAUGAAAUUAAGGGUGCUCUGAAGAAGCAAUUUUAUAGGAAAACAUUGUUAUAG